GCAACGCAUAUCUAACGUCACAAUGAACACGUAGUAACAAGUUUUCUUGCUAUCUGCACAAACGGGUUGGCGACUCUCUGAACACUAUGAAGGAACAGGCAGUGCCAUCCGAGGGAGAACCAGAACAAGGUGUACAGCCAGACACAGAAAAUGGAGGAAACUCGGAUGCUGAAACUUUAUUCCAGCUGAGAUCGUUAGGCGACUUACUCAGAGACAGCAUCGAAGCUGGAGAAUUAGUGACGAAAAAGAACUGGUGGAGUAAAAAAUCGAAAUCUCCACCACAUGAUCCCAAAGAUUUUGGCAUAGAAGAUACCACAGGAUCAUUUAUGUCAUGGAACAAAGGAAAUAGUUGUGGAAAGACUAACAAAGCAAGAAAAAUGAAAACACAGACGAUAACAAAAGAUCAUAAAGAUGAUUUCCAGAACAAUCAAGAAACAAACGAAAGAAAUAGAUUAAAUUCAAAAUUGCCACAUAUUCUUCAUAAGCAAAAAAAGUUAGAAGAAUUUGACAAAGCUGAAAAAUUGAGAAUAGCUAAUCAAGAUAAGGCACUUGAUGAAAUUGACACUUUAUUGGCAAAGUUAGAAAAUGAAGAACAAAAGAAUAUAAAGAAACCAUAUCUUACAAAGCAAAAGAAGACACACACUAAGGAUGAUUUGUGGACAUGGGAGGACGACCGUACAAACCUUCAGAAACCAGUCACAUAUCAUGAUUCUUUAACCGACAGUUUGGAUAAACUUCUUGAAGAUAUCGAACAGCAAAUGGAUGAUAGAAUAUAAAUCGUUUUAAAAUUUGUUAAAUACAGUUUUGUUACUUA